CUCCUCCCUUCCCCCAAGCUAUAUAUUUCGAAGCAUUGCCCUCUCAGCGUAUAUUAUUAUUUCUUAUUUCGCAAUGAGAAGUACAAGAUGUCCAAGGCAGUCAGGAUCCCCAUCCGCACCCAAAAGGCCCCUCUGCCCCCGCCAUUCCUUUCCCAGGGCAUCGUCGUUGGCGACAUGGUUUACUGCUCUGGACAGGUAGGCGUCAAUCCUGCUACAGGAAACAUGAUUGAGGGCUCGAUCCAAGAAAGAACGAAACAAAUCUUUCAUAAUCUAAGUGCCGUUCUCGAAGCAGGGGGGUCUAGUCUCCAGGAUGCCGUGAAAGUGAACAUAUUUCUUGCUGAUAUGAAUGACUUUGCUGCUGUCAACGAAGUUUAUAGUUUGUUUUUCGCGGAUCCGAAGCCGGCCCGGACAUGCGUUGCGGUCAAGACCUUACCAUUGGGGACCGAUGUGGAGAUUGAGUGCUCUGGGGUGGUGAGUGUGCCAAGUCGUGUUUCUCGUCUAUGAGAGGCAAUGCAAGCGUCUGAAUGUGGCUGGGGGCGUGAGUACAUACAUGACUGGACAAAUGUAGAGACUUGUAUCAGGACGUGCUUAUGCACAUAUCACUACAUCUCGGCCG